AUGGCAGGUUUCUUCCUGGUCCUUUUGGUUCUCAGUCUCACUCUCCCAGGUUCCAGGGUGACUCUCACAGCCACUGAAGGACUCAGCUCGGUAGCUGAACAUGAAGACGCCCUCCUCAGACAUCUGUUCCAAGGUUAUCAGAAAUGGGUUCGCCCUGUGUUGAAUUCCAGCGACAUCAUCAAAGUAUAUUUUGGAUUGAAAAUAUCUCAGCUCGUGGACGUGGAUGAGAAGAACCAGCUGAUGACGACAAAUGUGUGGCUCAAGCAGGAGUGGACAGACCAAAAAUUGCGCUGGAAUCCUGAAGAAUACGGUGGAAUUAAUUCGAUAAAGGUUCCAUCAGAAUCGCUCUGGCUUCCUGACAUAGUUCUCUUUGAAAAUGCUGACGGUCGUUUCGAAGGUUCCCUCAUGACCAAGGCCAUUGUGAAAUCCAGUGGGACCGUCAGUUGGACUCCUCCUGCCAGCUACAAAAGUUCCUGCACCAUGGAUGUCACGUUUUUCCCAUUCGACAGGCAGAACUGCUCAAUGAAGUUUGGAUCCUGGACUUACGAUGGUAGCAUGGUUGAUCUCAUUCUGAUCAAUGAAAAUGUGGACCGGAAAGACUUUUUUGAUAACGGAGAGUGGGAGAUACUAAAUGCAAAGGGGAUGAAGGGUAACAGAAGAGAAGGGUUUUAUUCCUAUCCGUUUGUGACCUACUCUUUUGUUCUGAGACGCCUGCCGUUAUUUUACACCCUCUUUUUGAUCAUCCCCUGCCUGGGGCUGUCUUUUCUCACGGUCCUGGUGUUCUACUUACCUUCCGAUGAAGGGGAAAAGCUUUCACUAUCAACCUCGGUUUUGGUCUCUUUGACGGUGUUUCUUUUAGUAAUUGAAGAGAUAAUCCCGUCUUCUUCCAAAGUCAUCCCCCUCAUUGGCGAGUACCUCCUCUUUAUUAUGAUUUUUGUUACCCUAUCAAUCAUCGUCACGGUUUUCGUCAUUAAUGUUCACCACAGAUCUUCUUCAACGUACCAUCCCAUGGCCCCCUGGGUGAAGAGGCUGCUUCUGCAAAAACUCCCGAGAUGGCUUUGUAUGAAGGACCCCAUGGAGCGCUUCUCCUUCCCGGAUGAAGAGGAGAGAAGAGCAACAGGGCGGGGCAAAGUCUCAGGGAAAAAGAAACAGACUCCUGCUAGCGAUGGGGAAAGAGCUCUGGUCGCUUUCCUGGAAAGCGCGGCUGAGUCGAUCAGAUACAUUUCGAGGCACGUGAAGAAAGAACAUUUCAUCAGCCAGGUCGUGCAAGACUGGAAAUUUGUGGCCCAAGUUCUUGACCGCAUUUUCCUGUGGCUCUUCCUGACAGUUUCCGUUGUGGGCUCCGUUCUGAUUUUCAUUCCGGCCUUGAAGAUGUGGCUUCAUCGUUUCCUUUAG